GCGCCCAGCCGUGCCGCGCCGUGCCGACCUCGGAUGAAUUCGCGACCAAGCAACGGGAUGAAUUCCCGGCUCGGAGCACUGUGCUCUGUGUCCGUGUGCAGUGAAGUGCUCCCUACUCUGUUCUUGAUAAGAUGAUCACGACACCACGUCGCGCCCUAAAGCGGCAGCCGUAGGCAGUCUCGCAUCAGGCCGUGACGGGGAGUCAGGAGUGGACUCCUCUUCUUUUCUAGCUACUUCUUCGUCCACUUCUUGGUCCAGCUAGAUCGUGCGCGCCCGUGCCGCGGUUUCUUUCGGCCGCGAUCGGUGGUAGUUCGGGAUGCAUCAGAUUGGGAGCGGGAUGUACGUGUCCGGCCCGGCGCCGGACAGGAGGCGGGAGCGGCGGCUGUCGUCGGGCUCGGCCGCCACGCCGCCGUACACGGGCGGGGACGUGGCGCGGUCGGGCGAGCUCGGCCGGAUGUUCGACAUCGCCGCGUCGCAGGCGCCGUCGCCGGCCUCCUCGCGCCGGAGCUCCGGCCCGCUGCCCCGCCCGUCCCCGUCGCCGGCGUCCGGCCCGCUGUCGCAGCUCUCGCACCCGGGGCUCCUCGUCGGGCCGUCCCCGUCCCCGUCCCAGGCCCCGUCGCCGGGGCGCGGGUCCUCGAGGAAGGGGAGCUGGAGGCGCGGCGGCGCCGGGAAGGAGGCGGAAGCCGCGGGCGGCAGCGCGGCGGCGCGCGGGAGCGCCAGGCUCGGCGUCCCGUUCGCGUGCUACGUGCUGGUGGCCGUGGCGGCCGCGGCCGCGCUCGGCGCCGGGGCGUUCUGCCUCGUGUCGUGGCGGCGGUGGGAGGUCCUCGCCGCGGCGGGCGGCGCGGUGGCCGCCGUCGGGGCGGCGUUCGCGUGGAACGCGUGGAGGAAGGGCGCCGAGGCCGAGCGGUUCUUCCGGCGGUUCCCCGACACGGUGUUCGACGGCCACGGGGACAUGCCCGUCGGCGAGCUCGUCAAGAUCACCGGGCAAGUUACCUGCGGCCGCCACCCGCUCGCCGCCUACUUCCACGACGGCGCCGCCCGAUGCGUGUUCACGUCCGUCCAGCUGUUCAAGCGCCGUCGAUGGGCCGGGUGCUGCUGCCGCCGCUGGUGGCAGCUGAGACACUCCGAGGCACGGGUGGCGAACUUCUACAUUUCUGACAGGAACUCCGGCAAGAGGUUCUAUGUGCGCGCCGGCGAGGGUGCUAAGAUCACUCCGAUGAUCAAACUGAGAACUAUCAGCUUUGACGGCGACGGGAAGGGCGCGUCAUUGGACCUGAAGAACUGGAUGGAAAGCAACGGCUUGUCCUGCGAUGGCGCUGUGCGCGCCAAGGAAGGGUUCAUCAGAGAGGGAGACACAACAAGUGUGAUAGGCGUCCUGAAGAAGCACCAUGGCUGUGACAUCGUCGACGCACCAGCCGGUGUGGUCACCACCGGGUGCCAGCCAAUGCGGUGCAUGUUCCCUGUCCUCAUCGAGGGGCUUAUACUAACCGGGAACGAAGACCCUGAUGAGGCUGUAUAUAUGGUCUGAACUCUAAACAUAUACACUGAUGUAGAAUACACGCGUUGUUGGGGACGAAGAGGAUGUUUUUAGUACCUCUCCAUUUAGGGUUUCUGAUAAAAAAAAUAUUUAUGACUUUCAUAGUUGAUGGAAUGAAAUGAUGUAAAUUAAAAUUGUAUUUGUAGGCUUGUCGGUAGUAUAGGUGUGAUUUCUUUUGUUUCUUCUUAAGAGGACUACUCAAUUGUUUGUUGGAAAAGGCUUGAUGUUAUUGUGCCGCAUUUCUUUUGCAAUCUA